AAGCCAUGUGCAAUUCUAUACUGAAAUUGACAGAGCUGCCAUGAACGAAUAUAAAUUACUACCAUCUUUACGCUAAACUUCGACGAAGAAAAGACGUGAAGUACAAAAUCGGUAGCUUCAUUCCAUACAUUGUUCUUAAAUCAAUGGCUGAGCAGUAUAUUGUUGUGGUAGCUAGUGUUAUAGCCUCUCUUUUGGGGUUUGUUUUCUUGAAGUACAAUUCUUUAGUGAGAUUUUGGGGCCUGACCAAGCUGAGAAGAAGAUCUGCUUUGGAGCUUCCAAAGGAAAACAGUGAGGCUGUUGGGACUACAGAUAUUAUCAUAGUCGGUGCUGGUGUUGCCGGUGCUGCUCUUGCCUAUUCUCUUGGAAAGGACGGACGUCAAGUGUUAGUGAUAGAAAGGGAUUUAAAUGCCCCUAAUAGAAUUGCUGGUGAAAGUCUAUUACCAGGAGGCUACCUCAAGUUAAUUGAAUUAGGCCUUCAGGAUUGUGUAGAUGAGAUUGAUGCUCAACGAAUUUUGGGUUAUAUUCUAUACAAGGACGGAAAGAAUGUCCCUGUAUCUUUUCCUUUGGAAAAGUUUCAGCCUCAUGUUGCAGGAAGAAACUUUCAUAAUGGUCGUUUCGUUCAAAAGUUGCGGAAAAAAGCUGCAUCUCUUCACAAUGUAAAUCUAGAACAAGGGAUAGCAACAUCUUUGCUUGAAGAAAAUGGCAUUGUCAAAGGAGUGCACUACAAAAAUAAGAGUGGUCAAAUGCUUACCGCUUACGCUCCUCUCACUAUUGUAUGCGAUGGUUGUUUCUCAAAUUUGAGACGCUCCCUUUGUUAUCCUAAGGUCGAUAUCCCCUCUUACACUGUUGGUGUUAUCUUGACCAACUGUAAACUUCCGAUUGAAAAUUAUGGAGCUCUUAUAUUAGCAGAUCCUUCACCUAUCCUAUUUUAUCCCAUCAGCAGCACUGAAAUUCGUUGCUUCGUGAAUAUUCCUAAUGUACCUUCAGUUUCCAAUGGUGAAAUGGCUUAUUUCUUGAAAACUUUGGUGGCUCCAAAGGUUCUUCCUGAAUUGUACAAUUCCUUUAUAUUGGCAAUAGAGAAGAAGAACAACAUAAGAACAAUGCCGAACAAAAUCAUGGCUGCUGCUCCACACUCCACUCCUGGCGCUAUUUUGAUAGGUGAUGCAUUCAAUAUGCGACAUGGUAUAACUGGAGGAGGAAUGACUGUUGCUCUAUCUGAUGUUGUUAUACUUAGGGAUCUUCUAAGACCCUUGCAUGAUCUAUCUGAUGCAUCUGCCAUUUGCAAAUAUCUCGAAUCCUUUUAUACUCUGAGGAAGCCAAUGUCUUCUACGAUAAAUACUUUGGCUAACGUCGUACAGAAGGCAUUCAGUGCCUCAUCCGAUCCUGCAAUGGAUAAUAUUCAGCAAACAUUGUUCGGGUAUUUGAGACUUGGAGGGUUUUUCUCAUAUGGAAUAUCAGCUAUAUUCGCUGGUUUAUGCCCUCAUCCAUUAAGCUUAGCAUUUCAUUUCUUUGCCAUAACAAUAUAUGGCGUCGGUAGAUUGUUACUUCCAUUUCCUUCUCCCAAACGUUUAUGGGAUGCGGCUAAACUCCUUUGGGUUGCGUCAAGUAUUCUUCUGCCCUUUAUUCACUCUGAAGGAGUCAGACAAACAUUUUUCCCUCUAACUGUGCCAGCAUAUUAUAGAACUCCCCCUGGAAAUAAGGGGGAAAAAGUCCGAGAAGAAAUUGCAUGCAUUAAUUAGCAAGAUUUGUUUUGGACAAUUCUUAGUCCUCAACAAAUUUUCAUAUCUGUUACUAGUUAGCAUGCUUAUGUAGGUUUGGUAAUCUUUUGUUCUCAUGUUUGAAAUGCUAAAUGAAUGAGUUUGCUUUCUUAAGUAAGUUUAGGGCUAGUUUGGUAAUUCUUUUGAAAAGUGCUUUUGAUAAGUGCUGUGGAGAAGUGUUUUUGAAAAAUUUAGUUUAAAAUUUGAGUGUUUAGCAUUCUUUGUCAGAAAGUGCUUUUGAGAAAUAAAAUGUCCAUUUUAGACAU